UGAUGGGUCAGUCUACCUGAACCGACACUCCGAGAUCGUAGGCUCGGGAGUUUCGUAUAAAAAAAAAACGAAAAAAGUGUAAUUCCAAAUUUAAAGUGUAGUGUUGAUGCUUUUGGUGCGAUAUAAUUAUCGUAGCAGUCAGUGUUUGCUUUACAAUAUUUAGUAAUUAUAUUUUACGUAAAUUUUAUAUAAAAUUUAUUACAAAAUAAAAUUUAAUAAAUAAUAAUUUUUUUUUUUUUAAUUUAGAAAGUUUAAAAAACUGUGAAAUUUUUCGACAUCGAUAAAUUAUUUAGAAACCACGACAAGCGCAUCCCUAAUGCAAACACAAAUGUUUUUCAAAUAAAAUCGAGUUCUUAAAAAUAUAAAUUAAUAAGUGUCGAUAUUUAGUGAAAAAAUGAAAUUAAAAAAGCAAACCCUGGUUUCCGGGGAUACGUCGGAGGAGGAGAUCGGACACAGCUAUUUGGGGACCUUGAUGUAUGGUCGCUACCAACGCGACCUAAGUGAAGCGGCCAGAGAAGAAGCGAGAAGACUCAGAAGGCUUCGGAAAAGAAGACGGAAAGAUGACAAACUUCGGCAGAAGGAACUCGAGGCGACGGGCAAGCAUCGACCCAGGGGGAAAUUCUUCAAAGUAAUAGGAUACGUUUGGAGGCACACGUUCGCGAAACUCGGUGAAGACUGGGUGUUCCUAGCGUUGCUGGGUAUCAUCAUGGCUGUUCUCAAUUUCGCCAUGGACAAGGGCAUUGCAGUUUGUAAUAACGCUCGCAUGUGGAUGUAUAAAGAUUUAGCGACGUCAACAUUUAGUCAAUACGUAGCGUGGGUCUCGUUACCCGUGUGCCUCAUCCUGUUCGCAGCUGGAUUUGUCCACAUUGUUGCCGCCCAGAGUAUCGGUUCUGGUAUACCAGAAAUGAAGACUAUAUUAAGAGGAGUCCACCUCAAGGAGUACCUCACAUUCAGGGCUAUGAUCUCAAAAGUUAUUGGACUCACCGCUACCCUUGGAUCUGGUCUCCCACUGGGUAAAGAGGGACCAUCGGUUCACAUAGCAUCGAUGGUAGCUACAUUAUUGUCAAAACUGGUGACCACCUUCCAAGGUAUCUACAGUAACGAAUCUCGUACCACCGAAAUGUUAGCAGCUGCUUGCGCUGUCGGAGUGGCUUCUUGCUUCGCGGCGCCAGUUGGGGGGGUUCUGUUCUCGAUCGAGGUAACGACGACAUACUUCGCUGUCAGAAACUAUUGGCGUGGGUUCUUCGCGGCGUGCUGCAGUGCUAUUAUGUUCCGGCUGCUGUCGGUGUGGUCGGGCGCGCUGCCGACCGUCAAGCCGCUGUUCCCGACCAACUUGCCGCAGGACUUCCCCUUCGACCCGCAGGAGUUCGCCGUCUUCGUGCUGCUCGGCAUAGUUUGCGGUCUGAUGGCCGCGCUGUGGGUGUUCCUGCACCGUCAGUACGUGCUCUUUAUGAGGAACACGAAGGUCUUGAGCAGCUUCUUGCAGAAAAACCGUUUCAUCUACCCGGGCUUCAUGACGUUAGCCGUGAUGUCCAUCCUCUUCCCGCCUGGCAUUGGCAAAUACAUGGCUGCUGACCUUGGCAAUCAGGAACAGGUGUUGUCGCUGUUCGCCAACUUCACGUGGUCGGACGAGCUGACGGCUGAGCAGGCGGCGGUGGUGUCCCACUGGCAGACGCCCGAAGUGGACCACUUCGGCUGUCUCGUCAUAUACUUCUGGUCUAUCUUCUUCCUGAGCCUGGUGUCGUGCACGCUGCCGGUGCCGGCGGGUAUCUUCGUGCCGGCCUUCAAGAUGGGCGCGUCCCUGGGCCGCUUCACCGGGGAGGUCAUGCACUACUUCUGCCCCCUGGGCGUGGCCUACGGGGGCCACAUACAGAAAAUCUUACCAGGCGGGUACGCCACGGUGGGCGCGGCCGCCUUCACGGGCGCCGUGACGCACACCGUGUCCACCAUCGUCAUCUGCAUCGAGAUGACGGGGCAGGUGACCCACCUCCUCCCCAUAAUGGCGGCGGUGCUGGCGGCCAACGCCACCGCCGCUCUGCUGCAGCCCUCUUGCUUCGACAGCAUUAUACUGAUCAAGAAACUGCCGUACUUGCCAGACCUCCUGUCAUCCGCCAGCCGUAUGUACGACAUUUGCGUGGAAGACUUCAUGGUGCGUGACGUCAAAUACAUCUGGAACAGAAUGACCUUUCAGCAGUUGAAAGAUAUUUUAAAGGAGAAUAGGACAAUCAAGAGUUUCCCGUUAGUGGACAGUCCAGCGUCCAUGGUACUGCUCGGGUCUAUCCACCGCUGGGAGCUGGUGAAGGUGAUCGAACAGCAAGUGGGACGGUCCAGGCGUUUGCAAGUCGCGGCGCUGUGGCAGAGGGAGGCGGAACAGAGGAGACGAGACGAGGAAAAGCGAAGGACUAGACGACCAUCAAGAUUCGAGGUCACACCAGCACCAGAUAUGCUCCAGGUUCCCGUAUCGGGAAUGACCAGGGGAGGUUCGUUGACUAGUCAAGACCAGGGUGGGCUCCUACCAGCGCCGGGGCAGCUGUUCCGGCCCAAGUCCAUCCUGAAGAAGACGAACUCGUUCACGCUGUCCCGCGGCGCGCCCUCCCCCGCCCCCGCGCCCGGCGCGCCCCCCCCGGUCUACUCCACCGUCACGGGCGCCGAGACCAGAAUCCGAGCGGCUUUCGAAGCCAUCUUCAAACGGUCGACAUUGUUGCCUGAUGUGGAGAGUGGCCUGACGGAUCAACUUGGAGGCCUACCGAGGAGUCCCUCGAUCAACAAGAAAGUGCAACUACCCCGCGAGCGAGUGUGCGACAUGUCCCCGGAGGACCAGCAGGCGUGGGAGCGGCUCGAGAUGGCGAAGGAGGUGGACUUCGACCGCAUGCUGGCCGUCGCGCGACGACGAGACCUGAAUUUGGACGAUUUGGAGUAUGAAGACGAAAACCUUUACAUCUGUCACAUCGACCCUGCGCCCUUCCAGCUCGUAGAAAGGACUUCGCUACUGAAGGUACAUUCGCUGUUCUCCACGCUCGGCGUUAGUCGCGCCUACGUGACUGCUAUCGGCCGGCUCAUAGGAGUCGUAUCUCUAAAAGAACUCCGCAAGGCGAUAGAGGACGUGAACUCGGGCGCGCUGACGCCCCUCAACCGGCCGGACCCCCCCGCGACCCCCGCGACCCCCGCGCCCCCCCGCUCCCCCGCCGCGUCCCCGCUGCUCAUCAAGGUGCCGCGCUCCGAGCCCGCGCCGCCCUCCGACCGCGACACCGACAAGCUCACCACACACUGACGCGCAGUGACGUGCCACCGGUAAGAACGACUCGCAGAAGGAGAUAGAAGAUAGAAGAACGAGACAGCUAUAGUCGAUAGUAUUUAAAAGACUAGCAAAAUCAAAAAUGAUUGCUACAGUAUUUUAAUUUUAGUCAACUAACUGUAUAUAUGGUGCUUCCGUAUACAAAAUAAAUUAUAUUUAUUUAUUUUUAAACCAGUCUAAACUGGUUAUACGCCAUCUUGUAUUAUCAAGGUCACAAAGGUUGUGCCUAAAAUUAAGCUAGAAAAUAAAUAUAGUACAAUUGAUUGAAAUAAUUUUUUCUGUCACCAGUUUUAGUAUUAUUUUCUUUACAUAAUGUGUUAUUGAUGACGGUUUUACUUUUCAUUAAUGUAAGCGAAAAUGGUAAUGUAACCGCAAUUUAUUAAUAAUUAAAUUAAAAACCAAUUAUCGCCUUAGUAAUGAUGUGUUACAAGAUCAAGAAAUAUUACGUACUAACAUUAAAAUGCUACAGGACAUUAUAUUAAACGGCGUGUUAUGUUUAUUAUUUAUUUAUAUAAUUAAUGUGUUUGUUUGUCUUUAUGUUAUUUACCAUUCAUCCACUGGUGUUGCAACUGUGUAUAUUUCUUUUUAACAAAUAUGUCUUUUUAAACUGCCGUCACAAAUGUAUUAAAGGAUCUAUUAAAACAGAUGAUAGGUAUUAGUUAGAAAAUUAUAUUAUUAUUAUUUAAAUAAAAUUUGUUAAAUGCUUUAUUUUUUUUUACUUUUAAAUAAGAUUACAUCAAAGUUACUAUCAUACCAAAUUUUUUAGUUGUCAUUAGCGCUCUAUAUUUUCCAAAUUAUUCUAAUCAAGGCUUGUGAUUAUUGAACUCAUUCCAAAAUAAUGAUUUUAGUUAAUAAGUAAGUGUUAUUCAAUUAAAAAUUGUGCAAAAAUAUAAAGUCUAAAAGACAUGAAAAUUGUGCCAUUCCAUUUUCAACUUCCAAGUCAAAUUAUUGGCUGUAUUUAAAAAAAAAUUAGGUAUUAAAAAUAUUUAUAUAUAACUCAAUUACAAGGCAUUUUUCACUUGUGUAAAAAAUCUGUGAUGUUUAAAAAAAUGUAGAUUAUACGGUCGGUAAAUGUAUGUUUAAUGUGUAAUAUUUGUGUUGUAUUCUUGAAUGACGAAAAUCUUUAGUUGAACAAAAUAUGCAUAAUUUUUUUACAGAUUUUAUUUUUAUUUACAAUAUAAUUUCUACAUUUUAGAAAGAUUUUGUUUUAAAUAUAUAUAUUGUUCAGCUGAGGGUACCAAUGCCUGUUAAACUUAGUAUUUAAAUUAAUGCAUUGAAUUUUUGUUGGUGAGCGAAAUUUGAAUACCAUAUUUGUGAAAAUGGUAACGGACAAACAUUUUAUUUUUUGAAUACACAGCAAUAUUUUAACUUAAAAUUAUUUUAUAUAAUGAAGAAUUUUACUAUCAAAUUUUUUUGUAAUUAAAUAACAGUAAUCCUCCAAUUAGUUAUACAUUUUAAAAAGUAAAUUUUCACCAAGAUUUGUUUGGUAGUAAUUAUAUAUACAAAGAUAUUUAAAUUUCGCUACUACUUCACUUUAAAAGAGUAUUAAAUAAUUAACUAUAAACAAAUGUGAGUAGCUCGUAUUAAGCUUGAGGUAUAUGUGAUCAAUUGCUUUGU